AUGUCAGCUUUCCCACCACAUUUCUCACCACAUCUUUCGAGCGCCGGGCGAAAUGGCUUUGACUUCCAGACGUCACAACUAGAACCAGAGACGCCGGAACGUGUCGCAAACAACGAUGCACACCGCAGCCCACCGCCCUCGAUAAUAUCGCCCGCCUUCACGCCCCCAGCGACACCGGGAGGCGCGACGCCCUCGCAACCCCGGCCACCACGCUCCAUACCAGUCGAUACCUCAGUGCGCACCGACACGCCGCGACCGGACCUCCUCCCCAAGCUACCAAAAGUGGAGUGCGAGGUGCGCGCGCGGAUACCCACAACUACCGGGCACGAGAUGUGGUUGCAUGUGUAUAGAAACAGCGUCGACACCAAAGAACAUCUGGCAAUUGUCUUUGGAAGCCAAAUACGUUCUAGAUCACUCGAUGCAGAGCGUCCUGGGGAGACGGAAUUGGACCGCAUGACGAGAGGCGCAUACGUAGGACGUUUGUACCCUGGAAGAACCAGCUCGCGGGUCGAACAGCUCAAGAGGGCAGAAGGCGUCCCCACGAAGCGCAAGCCCGACUCUGAGUCGGCGCAUGUGGAUAAGAGCAAUGGUCUGUUGUCGCCAGCCUCCACAGCAUCUUCAGAAAAUGGAGACGUGCAGCCAGCUUCUUCACUAGAGUUACCCCUCGUCCGCAUACACUCCGAAUGCUACACGGGCGAGACAGUAUGGUCUGCGCGUUGUGACUGCGGCGAGCAGCUGGACGAAGCCGCGCGGCUGAUGGCCGAUCCCACCCUGUCACCCUCGGGCGGUGCUAUUAUCUAUCUCCGCCAAGAGGGCCGUGGAAUUGGUUUAGGCGAGAAGCUUAAGGCCUACAACCUACAGGAUCUAGGCAAUGAUACGUACGAAGCAAAUAUUAUGUUAAGGCAUCCUGCAGACGCGCGCAGCUACGGUCUAGCCACGGCUAUGCUUAUGGACUUGGGCUUAGAUGGAGACAGAGGCAUAAGACUUCUGACCAACAACCCAGAUAAAGUCCAUGCGGUCGAGGGGCCGAAUAGGGAAGUCGUGGUAAGGGAGCGCGUAGCUAUGAUUCCGCUUGCCUGGAAAACAGGUGGCAUGAAGGGAAUCAAGAGCGAAGAGGUGGAGAAGUAUCUUAGUACAAAGAUCGAAAAGUUCAAGCAUAUGUUAGAUCAGAAGUAA